AUACCUUUCUGUUCUACCGGCAUCGAAGUCUCCCGUCUCAUCAACCACAACGCCACAAAAACCACUGAUGCUAUGCGCGUGCUCUGGUCCCUCGGUGCUCACCAAUACAGCUUUGGCCUCGGCGUCACCCUUCGUUUGUAUCGCUCAUUCAUCCGGCCCAUUCUCGAAUAUGGGUUGGCCAUCGUUACGCUUACCGCAACAAAUCUCAGAAAAUCGAACAAGCUCAAA